GCGCAGCGCGGCUCGGAGCGGAGCGGGCGGGGAGAGGCUGCCGGCAGCGCUGCGAGCGGAGCGGGGCGCGGCGGGGAGGGGGCGGCGGCGGCGGCGGCGGCGGCAGCGGCAGCCCCCGCGGCAACAGCGGCACCCGGCCCCGGAGCCGGGAGAGGAGCGAUGCUGCGUGCCGGGCAGCGAGGAGCGGCCCAUCGGCGCGUCCGCGAGACCGCUGUCAUUAGCUAAGAGGACGCGCGAGCGAGCUGGGGAGGGGGUGAGGAGCGUCCCAAAAAGUCAUUCCGACCUGAGGGAGAGGGACAAAGAAAAAAACUUCCUACCAAUGGACAACAGGAAGUGAGCACCACCACCAACGGGGAGCCUCUGCUCGGAGAAAGAAGCUGCAAGACAAAGAAGAAGGAAGGAGAGGUGAAAGACAAAACUGCCCGAGGUCUCCCGUGCGUGCGCUUCCGAGAGGAGAGAACAAAAGUCAGCCGGGAGGGGAGACGGAGAACAGGAGACGGGAUGGGAGCGCUACAGAGCAGCACGUGAAAAGCGAGGGGAGAGAAGAGCGGGCGACGCGCGCAGAAAAGAAAAAGAGAAGCGUUCACAAAAGUUUCUUCUCCCGGAAAGAAAUUACUCACACGCCCACAGAAAGCAGAUGCCUCGCAGAUCAACUUCUGGGGAAAGAGAGAUCAGGAGAGACGAGGUGAUGUGAAGAAAAGAAAGAAAAAAAAAUCAGGAGGGAAAAAAAAAAAAAAAGCGAAGAGAACAGAAGAAAACAGAGCGAAAGAAACUGAGAGCCGGGGGAAAAGAAAGACAGAAAGGCGAGGAUCGUGACCUCCCCCGAGAAGCGAACCUGGCCCAUAUGUUGUGCACAGCGCGUGCAGCCCAGAGCCCCGCUGCGCGCUGUGUGCGUGCCCCUGCGCCGCGCUCAGUGCCCGUAGCGGGCGGCGCUGCCGCGGAGCCGCAUCCCCCGGCGGAGCGGAGCGGCUAAUUGCGGAGCCUGUCCUUCAUUUCCAUAUGCAGCCCGAGUCCGCUGGAGCCGCGCCAAUCCGCGCUCGCCCCCAGCACCAUUAAUCGCCAUGCAUUAUUCACUAGCCUAAUUACGGAGCCCCAUGCGCGCUCCGCGCAGCCGCCCCAGCCCGCCGCGCCCGCAGCCCCGCGCCGCGCACAGCCCGCCCGGCUGAGCCCUGCACGCCCGCCCGCUCACUCCGCUUUGGUUGCUUAGCCCUGCUUUCUUUUUUUUUCUUUCUUUUUUUUUUUUUUUCCCUUCCCUUUUUCUCCCUCCUCUCCUUGGGUUGGUCGCCUUUUCUGUUGUUGUUUGUUUGGUUUGUUUUGCAACUCGACUUUUUAUUUGCGAACAGUUAUUUCCAGCCCCCUCCCCUCGCUCCCAAUUCCUCCCCCCCCUUUCAACCUCCGCGUCGCUGAUGCCUCUGCAAAAAGCAGAGUCAAGACGGCUCAGUUAGCAGCAUGUCUCGUCGAAAGCAAGCGAAACCCCAGCAUCUCAAAUCGGACGAAGAGCUGCAAGCGGAGGUAGUUUCCGAGCACGAAGCAGAAAAAAAAUCCCAACUCCUGCCAGAGAGCGAAGGGUGCCGGAACCCCGGGGAAGGCCGUCCAUCCCCCACAGGAGCCGCGGCCCGGCUGGCAGUCCCAGGGGAAGGAGCAGACGAUGGUGACAGCGGGAACGAAAGCAGGAGCGGAAGUGAAGAAACCAAUGUUUGUGAGAAGUGCUGUGCGGAGUUCUUCAAGUGGACAGACUUCCUGGAGCACAAGAAGAACUGCACAAAAAAUCCCCUGGUGCUGAUCGUGAAUGAAGAUGAGGCAGCUCCACCGCCCGCUGAGGAGUUCCCUGAGCCCUCGCCUGCUAGCUCUCCCAGUGACCAGGCAGAGAGUGAAGCUGCUGAAGAAGGUGUCCAGCCGGAAAACAGUGAGAGCUCUGAGGUAAAAAGCACGGAAAAGGAAGAAGAGCCAAUGGAGGUAGAAACUGCGGAGAAAAGUUUCCAGAAUCAAGGCACCUCAAACACAGCUACUCCUCUACCUCAGCUCCCUGAACCGUCGCCUAUGACAAGCUAUACCAUGCCAAACACGAAUGUCACACUGGAGACUCUGCUGAGCACUAAAGUGGCGGUUGCACAGUUCUCGCAGAGUGCACGGUCAGCUGCCUCUGCCAGCAUCAGCAGUGGGGUGACAGCUGUGGCCAUCCCCAUGAUCCUGGAGCAGCUCAUGGCCCUGCAGCAGCAGCAGAUCCACCAGCUGCAGCUGAUUGAGCAGAUCCGCAGCCAGGUGGCCAUGAUGAACCGGCAGCCCCUGCGGCCGGCCCUUAACCCGGUGGUGGCCGCACCAGGAGUAACAGGGCAGGCCUCAAACCAGCUGCAGGGCUUUGCCACCAGCGCUGCCAUCCAGCUCACCGCUGUCCUUCCUCCUGCCAUCAUGGGACAGGCUGCUGGCGCUCAGCCCCCUGCCUUCGACAGCUCUCAGCACAUCUCAAGACCUACGUCUGGAGCGAGUACACCCAAUAUAUCCAGCAGUGGCUCCUCUGCCCCUCCAGAAUCUAGUGCACCCUGCUCUUCUAAUGCGAUUACAUCUGUAACACCUGUUUCAGUGUCAAACACUACCAUCAGUGCUUCACAGCCCCAGAAUGCUUCAACUCCACCUUCCAUAGGACAUGGAAGCCUCACCUCGAUUUCUAACCUGCCAAACCCACUUCUACCUCAGACUUCCUCAAAUAGUGUGAUCUUCCCCAAUCCACUUGUUAGCAUCGCAGCAACAGCUAAUGCACUAGACCCUCUGUCUGCCCUCAUGAAGCACCGCAAAGGAAAGCCACCAAAUGUGUCAGUGUUUGAGCCCAAGUCAAGCUCCGAGGAUCCCUUUUUUAAACACAAAUGCCGAUUUUGUGCCAAGGUCUUUGGAAGUGACAGUGCUUUACAAAUCCACCUCCGCUCGCACACAGGGGAAAGACCUUUUAAAUGCAACAUAUGUGGAAAUCGCUUUUCCACGAAAGGUAACCUGAAAGUUCAUUUUCAGAGGCAUAAAGAGAAAUACCCGCACAUUCAGAUGAAUCCCUAUCCUGUUCCAGAAUACCUCGAUAAUGUGCCCACUUGUUCUGGUAUCCCAUAUGGGAUGUCACUGCCCCCUGAAAAGCCGGUCACAACAUGGUUAGACAGCAAGCCUGUCCUACCGACCAUUCCAACUUCCAUUGGGCUCCAGCUGCCCCCCACGAUUCCUGGUGUGAACAGUUACGGAGAUUCUCCAAGCAUCACUCCCAUGAGCAGGUCACCUCAGAGGCCUUCUCCUGCUUCCAGCGAAUGCACUUCCUUAUCUCCAAGCCUCAACACAUCUGAGUCAGGUGUUCCAGUGUCUGCUGAAUCCCCGCAGCCCGUUCAGAGCAGCUCAUCCGUGACCAAGGCAGAACCCAUCAGUCUGCCUCCUGCAAGUACGCGGCUUGGGGACCACUCCUUAAGUGGACAAGUUUCCACGGCUUCCACAUCUUCAAUUCCAACCAUUGUUACGGACAGCAGUGUUUCAACAAGCCUCCCAAACCCUGUGCUUCCAGCAGUGUCUGACCAGUUUAAGGCAAAGUUUCCAUUUGGUGGUCUGCUAGAUUCUAUGCAAACAUCAGAAACCUCAAAACUACAGCAGCUAGUAGAGAACAUUGAUAAGAAGAUGACAGAUCCAAAUCAAUGCGUCAUUUGUCACCGUGUGCUUAGUUGUCAGAGCGCUCUCAAGAUGCAUUACAGAACACAUACAGGAGAAAGACCAUUUAAAUGCAAAAUUUGUGGACGUGCCUUUACUACCAAAGGCAAUCUAAAAACGCAUUUUGGAGUUCAUCGAGCAAAGCCACCACUUAGAGUACAGCACUCAUGUCCCAUUUGUCAGAAGAAAUUUACAAAUGCAGUCGUUCUUCAGCAGCAUAUUCGUAUGCAUAUGGGUGGGCAAAUUCCUAACACGCCAUUACCAGAGGGCUUCCAGGAUGCCAUGGACUCAGAACUUUCCUAUGACGAGAAGAACAUUGACACGCUGAGCAACUUCGAUGAUGACAUUGAUGAAAAUUCUAUGGAAGAGGACCCGGAGUUAAAGGACAUGGCAAGCGACUCAGCAAAACCCCUUAUCUCUUACUCUGGGUCAUGUCCUUCUUCACCGCCUUCUGUGAUCUCCAGUAUCGCUGCUUUGGAGAAUCAAAUGAAAAUGAUUGAUUCUGUCAUGAACUGUCAGCAGCUGACCAGUUUAAAAUCCAUAGAAAAUGGAUCAGGGGAAAGUGACCAUUUGAGCAAUGACUCCUCAUCGGCUGUUGGUGAUCUCGAAAGCCAGAGUGCAGGCAGCCCUGCAAUGUCAGAGUCUUCUUCCUCCAUGCAAGCUCUGUCUCCUGUAAAUAGUAAUAGUGAAAGUUUUAGAUCAAAAUCCCCAGGUCUCAGCAACCAGGAAGAACCACAAGAAAUACAAUUAAAGACAGAAAAACCAGACAGCCCACCACCUGCAACUGAAAAUGGAGGCGCGUUAGAUCUGACAUCCACCAACCCUGGAAGACCGGUCAUCAAAGAGGAGGCUCCUUUUAGCCUGCUGUUCCUGAACAGAGAACGUGGUCCCAGCCAAAGUACUCCUAGCCUGGUCACCAGUACAGCGCCUACCAUGAUCAAAAUGGAAGUGAAUGGUCACAGCAAGCCGAUCUCUUUGGGUGAGGUUCCCUCGCUUCCAGCUGGAAUCCAGGUUCCUGCUGCACCACAGACAGUGAUGAGUCCGGGGAUCACCCCCAUGCUGGCACCCCCCCCUCGCCGCACUCCCAAGCAGCACAACUGUCAGUCUUGUGGGAAGACCUUCUCCUCAGCAAGCGCACUGCAGAUACACGAGCGCACCCAUACUGGUGAAAAACCGUUUGGUUGCACAAUCUGUGGUAGAGCUUUUACCACAAAGGGGAAUCUUAAGGUUCACAUGGGAACGCACAUGUGGAAUAAUGCACCUGCACGCCGUGGCCGUCGCCUCUCCGUGGAAAACCCCAUGGCUUUGCUGGGUGGCGAUGCGCUGAAGUUCUCUGAAAUGUUCCAGAAGGAUUUGGCAGCUCGAGCCAUGAACGUUGACCCCAGUUUUUGGAACCAAUAUGCUGCAGCUAUCACAAAUGGACUUGCCAUGAAGAACAAUGAGAUUUCUGUCAUACAGAACGGAGGCAUUCCCCAGCUCCCAGUAAGUCUUGGCGGAGGUGCCAUCCCACCUCUAAGCAACCUUACCAGUGGCAUGGACAAAGCUCGCACAGGCAGCAGCCCUCCCAUUGUUGGUUUGGACAAAACAAGUUCUGAAACUGGAGCCAGCCGUCCAUUCACCAGAUUUAUUGAGGAUAAUAAAGAGAUUGGCAUAAAUUAAAAGCAUUCGUUAUGAAUAACUGUUGGACCACUACUCAACGCAACACUUGUCCUGUUUCAUGUACAGCUUUUGAAGUUAAGCAUUAGUUUCCUGACCUAAAUGCAUAGGUUCCCCUUAAAAUUUUACCCGUAGCAGAAAUACCCAACUUUGUGGCUGCUGAAAAGUUGUCUUGCAAGAUCUGCAUGGUACUUCUUUCAACAGUGAGUUUGACUGUUACUGAGAACUGUGAAACCAUUUAAUUUAACAGAAGCAAACAAACAAACAAAUCAUUGGAUAACUUCAUUAGAAACAGAAAGAGGCUAGUCUACGUCCACUUUCUUCUUAGAAACCUUACUAUCAACUGAGAGAGGGGGCUUCACUAUGGCAUUCUGUCACACUUGCUGGUUUUGUUCGAAUUAGUUAGCAACUUGGACUAUAUUUUUAGGAAUCUUAAUCUCAAAUAAGUGAUUUAGUACCCCAAUGCUGUGUAUUAUUACAGUAUCCUUGUCUGUAGUAUUUAUAAUGUUAAGACUAUGCGGGUAACAGACAAUAUCCUAGCCCCAAAUUUAAAUGAAGCUCUUGUACUGCAAAAUACAUCUGGUUAUGUGACCUUUCUUUUUCUUUUCUUCUCUCUCUCUCUUUUUUUUUUAAAGCAAGUCUUGUUUUACUAUAAAUAAGUGGUUUAUUUUAAUGCAGACAAAAUUGUGAAGUUUUAUUGGGAAAGAUAGCAUGCUUUUCAUGUGCAAGUACCUGUCAGUAACAAACUUUUUUUUAAUUUAAGUAUUUGUAGCUGCUAUGUGGACAGUUGUUCUAUUAAAUGAAAAAAAAAAAAAUGUAGUGUGGACUUUAGCUCAACGAUUGGAAAACAAGUUACAGACAAACCUUAGCACCAUAAAUUAUUCACAACAUAAUAAACAGUUGUGAGUAAAUACUUCAUGUUAUCAAAGCUGUACAAUAAAAAGGUAAUGUUUGUAUAAUGUGGUUGCAAACUCUUAAUUUAUACUAUUGCACUUUUAGUAUUUUGUAUUAGGGAGGUUUGUCUAUAAUUUGAAACUUAACUAAGAUGUAAACUAUUUUAUAAAUAGUACUUUGAAUUAAGGAAUAACGGGGAAAGCCCUGUUACAGUUUCUUGUUUUGUUUUAAGGUCAAACAAUGAGAGCUCUCUUAACUAAGCAGAAAAGCUGCAGAGAACUGUCAGAUCCUUAGGAAAAAUGGGCCUGCCAUUUCUUAAAUUGAAAUGAUUCAUUUAACUUUCCUACAAAGCCCACUUAAAAGCGUGACUACCCCCAGCAGAAUUCUGAUAAAUUUAUCUUAGGAGUGUGAUAUUAAUACAAGUCUAGGAUAGAUGACAGAGAACAUUGCGUAGGUUUAAUUUUACUGUAAUCUGUUCUGUCUUUCACACAUACCCACCAGAAAGAUGUUGACUGCCUAAUAAUGCGGGGAAAAAAUAAUAACUUUAGGGCAGCAUGAGCGGUAGUAUGUUAUGUGUUUAUUUCCAACUCUCACUGAUUAUCUUCUCAGAUCGCUCUGAAGCACAAUAUACUCUGAUUAAUCAAAUAUAAUUUUAUGUUGAUUGCAUUCUUUCAAUUAUACUGAGUAAAUAAAGGGAAUGGUUCCACUCAUAAGUUAGGCUGGGGAUGCUGAGAAGACUGGGGCUUAAUCAAAACUUGAACAGUAAACAUUUUGUGUACUACCUCAUUUUUGUGCAUUACAAGCAUGGUGGAGUCUGACACUAUGAACUUCUGUCCAGCAGAAUUGCUUGAGGGACAUUAUGGGUAGCUGGGUAACAGCACAAGGAGUUUUAUGCCCCUGCAGAAUGAAUCAGACAGUGAGGUCUUCUCAUUUGAGACUGAAAAAUAAGACAAUCUUUCUUACACAACAAAAACCGUUACUGUAAGAGGAUGGUCUAUUUCUGCCAUCAUGUAAUGGAGUGAAAAGAGUUUCAAAGACUUACUAGCUGUUUGUUUCUACUGGAAAUGAACAAUGAACUAUAUGUCUCCAUUUUUUACAAUGAUGAGAUAGAUAUAUAGAUAUGUAUAUCUAUAUAUAAACAAAAUUAUGUAUCUAUAAUGCCUCUACAGCAUAACAUCUUUUCUUGCCACAGUGUGUGAGUGGUUAGGGGUGUUUCCAAGCAUUUUGAAAAAGAAAACUGAGGUGGCUUAAUGUUGCUGUAUUUCAGCAAUUGAAUGUUUUUAUUUAUCUGUGUCAUUUUUGGUGUGACUUUUUUUGUUAGUAUUUGGUACCAUGUAGUGUUAUCUUUAUUCCCUAAAGGAUGUGUAUAACUUAAAAAAAAAAAAAAAGGUUAAAAAAAAAAAGUUAAAAAAAGAAAGAAAGAAAGAGAGAAAAAAGGGGAAAAAAAAAGAAAAAGGAAAAAAAAAAGAAAAAAGAUGUAAAGUGUUGUAAAUAAGAUGGUUGAUGAUGGUACAGUAAGACUGACCCCAUUUUGUAUUCAGGGUUAGGUCAUUCCUCUCUGCAUGGUGAAGAGAGACACUAUUUUUAUACUGUGAUACCAUGUAGGGCUAGGAGCCUCCCUGAACCAGCUGGGAAUUGUUACUUAGAUCCAAUAUUUUUUAUUAUUAAAUCUUGUUGGCUUGACACACCUACUGAUUGAAAUGGAUGUCUUAGUCUAGGUUACUAUUUUUGUCAUAUGGAAUUGAAUAAAAUGCAGGAUGUAAUAUUAUUUCUGAAUUGCGUUCCUUGAUUAUUCUAAUAACAGUGCGAGAUAUGAGAAUAAGGUCACUUGUGGUAGAUUGGUGUCAAUGACUUCUAAUCGUUGCAUCUGAAAACUGGAAUAAGGUUGACACCUUGUAUUUAAAUGCUGCUCUAAUGUAUAUUAGCGGUGCAAAGGGGUAGAAUUAUUCAAGUCUCUUUUCUAAUAAAAAUAAAUCCUCAGAGCAUUUCACACGAGACAGUAGAAGAAAAAAAAAGAAACCCAAAACAUUUUGGAGGAGGGAAAACAGCCUUUGAAAGUACUACUGCUUCAAAUUGACUGCAUUCUGCACACUUUUUAUGUACUGUUUACAACAGAAGGUUCAUUUUCAUGUUGUUUAAACAUCUACCUAAAAUCUAUAAUGUACUGCAUGAUAAAAUUGAGAACAAAUUUAUAAGAAGUUACAAUUCAAAAAUUCAAAAUUAAGAACAAAAUUAAUAACUCGCAUCCAUUCAUUCCAAAUGACGUAUUCUGUACAUUAAAACCUAUGGCUUUUUUCUUUAUUUUUUCAAGACCCCAAUUCAUCAAAGCAUGUCUAACUUUAACCAAAUUAUCUUCACGUUAAUUUGAAUGUAAGCAUUUACAUUCUUGAAGCUAGGGAUAUGAUUAUGUAUCUCCUGCAAAAACCUCUACCUUCAAGUUGCUAUGAUCUGGUGAUGGAUGCCUGCUGCAAUUAAAACGAGCAAAAAGUAAAUAAAAGAAAAGAAAAAUCUGAAUUAAUUAUCUUUUAGUGGCCUUGCUAUGAAAAUACUCUGUUUUAUAAGGUCUGCUCAAAGAAGGUAUGAGUUUCCUCUGGUGACUCAACAACAGGUUUAUACCUGUGCUUAUGUCCCUGCGUGCACAUCUCUGAGCCCUGCUGAGAGAAAACAUGACAUGCAAAAAAAGAGAGGGCUCUGACAGUUAUAAUACUGUUCAAAACAUAGAGAAAAGUUUUCUGCCUUCCCAUCCUCCUCUACCAAAUAGGAUAAAAGCAGAAAUGGUAUCUAUUCUUAAAUAAGCAGUGGGUUAUUUUUGUUCUCAUAGGAAGACGUUAAAGAAUUUGAACAAUUAAAUGUUACACAGGUAAAAAUGGUCAAAGUCUGCUAAAUUACAGACAUUUAAAACUAGAGUCAUGUAGGAAUUCUGCAAUCAAAAAAAAAGAUGCAAUCUAUGGUAUUUUGAGGAGAGGGUUAUUUUACACUGUGAAAAUUUCAGCAAGGCUUUCAACCUCUUCACUUAUUUUUUUUCCACAAGUGAUUACAAAUAGAGUAUUUAUGACAAAUGAGAGUCAUAACUACUUUUUUACCUGCUUUUUUUUUCCUUUCUUCUGUGUGUGUGUAUUAGCCCUCCAUAUAAUAGCUAUUCCUUUAUCUAUUUUAUCCUUUCUAUCUUGGCAAAUAUUUUGCAUUCCUACUGCUGCAUUUGUUCUGUAUUUCUGUUGCCUUUAAUUUACUUUUCUGCAUGUACUCUGCCAUUUGGAAGAUACUGUGGGUUUUUGUUGUUUCUUUUUCCUUUUUCUCUAAUUCUGCGAAAGUCAAAAAAUGUUUUUUUUUUUUAAUUUUUUUUUUACACCUGCAUGUAAUGCUAGCAUAAUGAAUGAUGAAGUAAUCAGUGAUACGAUCAGGUGUGCGUAUAGCUCACAGGAUGUGCUAACAAAUGUACCAUUCACACUUUUCUUUAGAUGAAGAUGUUAAGUUUGUUAGUGUGCUGGUACAGAGCAGCCACAGACAUUCAGGAGAACGGAGACUUUCAUCCUAACUUCACCACACCUGCUGUUACACUGCUGGAAACUCCAUGGCCUUCAGUGGAGAUACCCCAAAUGAUUAGCUAUAUAGUAUAUUGAAAAUAUGUCUAGACAAAAGUAUUCUGGACUUUAUUUUUAAAAAAGGGAAGAGAUAAUAUGUAUAUUUUAGUAUACACUGCAAGAUUAUUCCCAUUUUAAAGGAAGUCAUGAAAUCUGAAUCUAAAAACCAUGACUGUGCCCCUUAGUAUAGAAUUUGAUGUGAGAACAUCAUGUGAAUAAUCAGUCCCUUCUCAUAUAAAUGAGUAAAAGAGCUUGUAACUUUUAUGUGUAAAAUAGAAAAAUGUGACGAGCUUUCUGUGAGAUUGCUACACAACAUACACACUACCACGCAAAUGUUUUUCCUUUGCAUAUAUUAAAGGUAUCAGCAGAUUAAUUAAGAGAGUAAAAUCUGUGCAUGCCACAGCUCCAACGCACAGUAUUUUAUUUUAUCAAAAGGUAGAAUGGCUCAAUCAGUUGACAAAGUGACAAAUCUGAAAGCCAAAAUCUUUGUGUUGUACCGCUGACAUAUUUUAGAGAAGUGGGCAAGUCUCUAAUUCAACUCUGAUUCUACCUGACAGUUAAAUACUCCUGGGGCCCCUGGGAAUCUGGGAGUGAACUCCCUCUGCAGAGUCAGCUAGCACCUUGUAGAAGUGGGAUGAGUUGCACUGUCAGUAAAGAUGGGAAAAUACUUUUGUACCUACCUCACAGGGGUGUUGUGAGGAAUAGUUUUAUGUCUGUACAGUGUUUCAAAGAUGGAAAAUGCUUGGUAUUACUGCUGAUUUUAGAGAGUUUACAGUACAGGUUCUAUUAUUUAUUAUUUGUACUCCAGUAGUACCUACAGGCUUCAGUCAGGACUGAGAGCCUUGUCCUAAAUGUUGUACACCAACCUAGAUGAAAUUGAUAAAAACUUUACUCAGUAACAUUUUCCAGUGGGGUUUCUUCAUUAUCAAGUAUCUAUUUGAUUACUCUAGUGGGCCUCAUUCAAUUAUUUAGGUACUCAAAUGGAUUAUCCAUUUUUGACUGCAACUGAGAGUUAUCUGAUAUCACAUUUUGUUUUGAGCUUGUAUUGAUUUUCUUCUAGAAAGAGCACCAAUUUUCUAUGGAUAAUCUAGAGUCAAAUCUUGCUAUCAGUGGAAUUCUACUGUACCUUUUGCUAUUAAAGCUAAACAUUAAAAUAAAUGUGUGUGUAUAUAUUAUUAUACACAAGUAUAUAAUAUACAUGUACUUAUAAACAUGUAUGUUUAAAACCUUUUUAGCUGCUUAGAAUUAAUUUCAAAAUGUGUGUUGAGUAUUUUGUUCAAGUGUUAUCCAUCUCAGGUGCAAUUAGAACAUCACUAAAUGGUGCUCGCCCUCAUUAAAGGCAAACUGGAUAUCAUGAUAGCAAAAGACAUAUCAUUACUAUGAUUAUAUUUCUGUAGGCUUAUGAGGAAAGUUUCUAAGUCACAAAUGUGUUAAAAGAUUUCAUUACUUCAUAAAAAUCUUUACUUAGUUUAUGUUGAAGUAAACUAUUAUAUCAGGAUGAGUCACUCGCUGUAUAUAAGUAUGUUAAAAUAAAUAAUUAUAUAAUUCCAAA